CAAGGGAUGAGCUGGGCCCUCCUUCCCAAUGGCAUCUUUCCCUGGUCUGGAACUGAAGACACUGAGCAAUGGGCCCCAAGCCCCAAGGAGACCAGCUCCUCCAGGCCCAGCAGCCCCACCCAGGCAGGGUGUGGAGAAUGCCUGCUUCUCCUCGGAGGAGCACGAGACUCGUUUUCAGAACCCUGGGGAUGCCAGACUGGGCAGCUCCCCCAGCCCCCCUGGGGCUGUCCCCUCACUGCCCCGAUCCCAGCGGGAUGAUCUCUCCCUGCAUUCAGAGGAGGGGCCGGGCCUGGAGCCUGUGAGCCGCCCGGUGGAUUACGGCUUUGUUUCUGCCCUGGUUUUCCUGGUGAGUGGAAUCCUUCUGGUGGUGACAGCGUACGCCAUCCCCCGAGAGGCUCGCGUCAACCCGGACACAGUGACGGCGAGGGAGAUGGAGAGACUAGAGAUGUACUAUGCCCGCCUGGGCUCCCACCUGGACAAGUGCAUCAUUGCGGGCCUGGGGCUGCUCACGGUGGGCGGCAUGCUCCUGUCGGUGCUGCUCAUGGUCUCCCUUUGCAAGGGCGAACUGUACCGCCGGCGAACCUUCGUCCCUGGCAGGGGCUCCAGGAAGACUUACGGCUCCAUCAACCUGCGCAUGAGACAGCUCAAUGGGGAGGGGGGCCAGGCCCUGGUGGAAAACGAAGUCGUCCAGGUCUCAGAGACCAGCCACACCCUGCAGGGGUCUUAAGUAAGAGCCCACCGUAUCUGGCUGCUUUAGCUCCAGGGCUACAAGGCCCCCAAAGGCCUGGGGUUUCAGAGCUCCGUAUAGGGUCCUGUGGAAGGAGUCCCUCGGGGUUGGGGUGGGGGUGUCCUGGAGCUGGCCUAGGCCCCUCUCAGGCAAGCAGCUACCGAUCUGUUUUGUAGCUUGAGGUUUUGCAUAAGGUUUUGUUUGGAGGAUAGCUUCUGCUGCUAAAAAUACAAAAGUUUGGAAACCGC